UGCUUUUAAUAAAUUAAUGUAUCAGGAAAAAGGGGUAUUUAUUUGCACCUCUCUUCUCUCUCUCUCUCACUUUCCCUUUCUUAAUCUUCUCACACUCAGCAGCACACAAUAAAGCAAAACAAACACAGACACAUUAACAUCUUCACAGAAAGACGAACAAACCAAACUUCACAUUAAUUCUUUUUAGUAGUUUUUACUGCUUUUAAUUCCCAAAAACAACCAAUUUUUGUACAAAAUAUUUCAUCUUUGCCUCAUCCAAUUCUUCAUCAAUGGACACUGCUCAAUGGCCUCAGGAGAUAUUAGUGAAGCCCAUGGAAGAAAUGAUCUCAAAUACAUGUUCAUCUUCAGUGACAACAGCACCAAAUCUCAUCUCAAAUUCUAACAAUAUAGAGAAUAGUUCAAAUUCAAAGCCAAAUUCUAGUUCUUUAGAGAGGAAAGUGAGGCCUCAAAAGGAUCAUGCUGUAAAUUGUCCAAGGUGCAAUUCAACCAAUACUAAGUUUUGUUAUUACAACAAUUAUAGCCUUACUCAACCAAGAUACUUUUGUAAGACUUGUAGAAGGUAUUGGACUGAAGGUGGAUCUUUAAGGAACAUUCCAGUUGGUGGUGGUUCAAGGAAGAAUAAAAGAUCUUCAUCUUCAUCUUCAUCUUUGGGUGUAAAAAAGCUUUCUUCUCAUGAUUUGAUUGCAUCUACACAAUCCCAUAUUAUUCUUGGUCAAAACCCUAAGAUUAUUCAUCAUCAAGGCCAAGAUUUGAACUUGGGUUUUCCUCUAAAUCAUCCUCAUAAUCAUCAACAAGACUUUAGAAGUUUCUCUGAAUUCAUGCAAUUGCCUAAUAUUGAGAAUAUCCAUAAAGGGCAAAUCCCAAAUUCUGGUGUUGCAACUAAUGCUAAUGGUGCUAAUCAUCAUAUGUCUGCUUUGGAGCUUCUAAAUGGGCUUACAUCUUCAAGAGGGUUAACUCCAUUUAUGUCGAUUCCGGUACCGGAACAUUCUAAUGGUGUUUUUUCAUCUGGGUUUCCUUCAUUGCAUGAUUAUAAGCCAAGCUUAAAUUUUUCACUUAUGGAUGAUCUUGGAAAUGGGUAUGGAAGUUUGCAAGGAGAAGUAAACCAUCAAGGAGGAGAAACAAAUAAUGGAAGGCUUUUGUUUCCAUUUGAAGAUUUGAAGCAAGUUAAUUCAAGUACUACUAGUGCUGAUCAUAAUACUAAUAGUGCGGAAAAUAAUAAUCAAGAAAAUGGUGAACAAGGGGAUUCAGCUACACCUGGGUAUUGGAGUGGCAUGUUGGUUAAUAAUGGAGGAUCAUGGUAGUGAAGAUUUGCACAAAUUUUCUUUUUUAAAAAGGGUGUUUCUCUUUUCCUUUUUUUCUUUGUUCUUUUAGAUUUAUUUAUCUUAAUCAUGGUGAGUGGUCGUAGGGAUGACAAAAUGGGCGUUCCAUCUAAAAUUUUCAUACUCACGGCUUCCCACCACCUAGAUGGCUGCUGGUGAGUGACUUAUAUAUUUUGGAGUUUAUUAAAGCUAACAAAUCAUAGAGAUACAAAAUUAAAAUUGGGUUCUUUGUUCAUCUCCAAAUUAAAUCUUUUUAUCUUUUCUGAUGACCUUGUUUAAUCAAAUUGUGUUUGUCUAUGAUCAUUAUGGGAAUUUGAAGCUUGUUUUAGGCUUGGCUUCAUCAAUAGGAUAACUUUGGGUGUUGUGUGGAAUUGGUAGAAAGAACUGAUCAUGAGAAUUAAAGGGAAAAAACAGUUUAUUAGAAUUGCCCAUAAUUUUUUGAGGGGCUUUGCCCACAUUCCAUGCUAAGGUUCUGUUUGUCUUCUAAUGCAAAAGGAAUUUUCCCAGAUGAGGCAUCCAGUAAACCUGGUGUUACCUGUUAUCAACAGGACGUAGUUAGUGUCAUUGGUUGGCUUGCGAUAUAUGAACAAUAGUUUAAUGUAUUAUAAUGUAUGGUAUUUGUAGCUCUGUAAUGAGUUUUAUUGAAGGGUUUGUGGAUAUUUUUACUGAGAAUGAAAAAUUUGCUACUAUGCUUUGUUAAUUUAUUAACCAUUAUCUUUUUCUUG